GGUGGAUCAAACGUUACGCUAUGGUGCGACUUGUCGUUAAGCGAGGUGAUCUAUCUUAUUUCAUUGUCGAAGUUUCUGUUGGCAUUGCGAUUGAUGAUUUGCUCAAUCUUGUUUGUGAAAUCUUCAACGGAUAUUUGAAAAUUGGAAGACUAUGUUCUGAGAUAGCAGAGUUAUCAGAGCACGGCGUUUCCUUACCGCCUAAUAUGCAGGCAGGUUCUGGAAUUUUAACUGAAUUAUCCGUUUUAAAGGGUCUAAAUGAUGAUCAAAUUACCGAGCUAAAGUUGAAAGACGAAUGGGGUGAAAAAUGCCUUCCCAGUGGGGGCUAUAUCGAACGAAAAGACGAACUUGGUCGGCGUAAUGGCAAAGCUCCUACGGAAAAAAUGAAAGAUGUUUUGAUCCGAACCAUAGAUGAAGCCAAGAAGCUCAUCAGUCGUGAUUUGGUUAAGAUGGACAAGCUUAUGGACAAAGCCACUGUUAGAGAAGCCCUUAUGAUGCUUUCGGGUGCGGUCACUAUUGUUUACCCAAUGGGGUUACCCCCAUACGACCCGAUCAAGCAAGAGCUGGACAAUGAGGAGGAUAUCAGCGGUACCCAGGCUUCUCAAGAGGUGAUUCCGGUCGAAAACGCCACCAUAUGGUUCUCAGGAAAGGAAAUGCUACGAGGGAAAGUGUUGUCGGACUAUGUUGGACGCAACGAAAAAACGAAGAUUGUCGCCAAACUUUCUAAGCGUGGCGCAGGCGCGCCAGCCAGAGAGCCAGUAAUUGAUGAGGAGCAACAGAAGGCCAUGAUGGCUUAUUAUUACAGGAAACAAGAAGAGUGGAAGAAGCUUGAAGCUAAUGAUGAAGACUGCUAUCUGGAUUCUGCUUGGAGUGAGCCAAACCAACUGAAGCGCCAAUUUCAUGGCUUAGAAAACAUUAAGUGGGGCCCUCGGUAACACUUCGUCUAUCGUCAUUUAACCUAGUUGCUGAUACUACCACACAAUCAGAACGUCAAUCUAUUCCGGUUUGUGUACAUGGCCGUGUGUUCGACAAAAUCCCGUGAUCACUCCAGUUCUGUCUGUAUAUACGGUUUAUUUUCCUC